AAGGUCGGCGGCGGCUGUCGGCGCGGCGGCUCGCGGCCCGGCGCACGCCACAUGCUGCCCACGGCCGCACCACUCGCGCCGCUCGACCCGCACAAGACGCGCGCCCUCACCACCAUCUACGCGCCGCGAAAACUCAAACCGCGAAAGAACAAAACCGCUCAAACGAGAAUGCUCGACGAGCUCCCCAUCAAACCAAGCCUCUCGCCCUUCCACCCGCUCCCCGCCAUCGGCCAGAAACUCGACGACAAACCGAAGACCAAAGUCAUCGUUUUCGACCUUAACAAGAAUGAGAGGCCCAACACCAUGGAGAGCAGGGUCAAACUACAAGAAGUGCUCAAACCAUUGACUCCGCUGCGGAUACACGGAUACACGAGGAAAAGUUCGUUGGACCCGCUGGAUAAGAGACCGCAGCCACAACAGUUGAUACGGGAGAAUACGUACGACGUCAUCGAGCCAAUAUUUGUGAACGCGGCCAAGGUUAAGAAACGGGACUCGUCCGUCACGAGGAAGGCGCUGGAGCCUGUGGAAUUGACCAGUAACACGGAGGAGGAAGCUAAAGUGUCGCCGAAGACGAGGUUUAAAAAGGCGGCGUUACAAGUUGCUAAACUCUCCUCUAUGCCCGAGACCGGGAAGCUGUUAUGUCUGCGAGAGAGGGAGACGUUUUGCUUAAAACAAAGUGAGGACGACAAAGUGUGCAGGCUACAGAGGCUCCCACAGUCCCCUACAGAGAAACUGACCAAACUCUCAGAAAUAUUCCAAGGUCUAGACAUGAAAGGCAGGCAUAGAGACAAAAUGAAAAAAGAAAACAGCUGGUUUUAGAGUUAAGGAAGAGUGAAAAUAUUUUACGUGUUUUUGUAAUAAAGAAGAAAAUGAUGUAAGUGGACAAAUGUCGAUAAGAGUUUGUUGUUUUGUUAAAUAAAUAUGAAUAUAACUGUAAAAAGAAAGUUUAAAAAGUAUACGAGGGACAUUUGAAUUUAUUGCUCAAAGUUUCGGUGUUUCGUGCCUUGUGUAUUUAAUAUUUUAUUAAAGUGUGUCUUGAAUUUUUAAA